GGAGGAGGAGGAGGAGCCCAACGCCCCUCGGGCCCGCGGAGGAACCCGACGCCCCGCCGCGCGCCCUGCUGCGCGCGGCGCCGAUCGGCCUUCUCGGGGAGGGCGCGCUUGCGGGCUGCGCCUCGUCCAUCUUCGGGCUGCCGGAGCCCUUCACGGUUGUAGCCGACGAGUCCGUGACGGUCCUGCGCAUCAGCGUUGCGGAGCGCCCCGUGACCAUGUGGCCGAAAGAGGUGGUCCGGGCCCUGCACGAGGCCAUCAAGCUGCAGGCCGAGUGGCACGGCGCCCGGGCCCAGCUGGCCGCGUCGGCCGCCUCGACCACCAGCCAGCUGUUCGGGGACAGCGGCCGUGGCCCGCCGGCGUGGAGCAUCGAGGAUUCCCCUUUCCUGCGCCACAAGGAGCUGUCCACCUGGCAGACGGAGAGCGUGCGGGAGCGGUUCGCCGCCGAGGGCUGGAUCCCCCGCGAGGCGAGGCCCGGCGGCGGCGGCGCCGCGCAGGACCCGGCCCUGGCGCGCUCCUGCCCGACGCUGCCCUCCCUGGGCGGAGGCGGCGGGCGCCCUGCCAGCUCGAGCAGCAGCGGCGGCGCUGUGGGCGUCGCAGGCUCGGACGCCGGCCGCCCGAUGAGCGCGGCGGAGGCGUCGAAGAGGCCGCUGAGCGCCUGGACUCCGGUCAAGACUCCUGGCGGGGAAAGCCUUGGCAGCGUUGCCACGCCGUGGGGCUCCUGGAGCCCCUCGGGGAUGCUGCGGCAGGAAACCAGCCAGGAG